AUGUCUGGGGUUGUUGAUCUUCCUGUUGAAUUAGAAGUAGAAGGCAAGGAGAAUCAAUUGAAAGCAUUUCUUAAAAAAUUAUCACUCGAAGACAAGUUUAAGAAUUUCCAAUCAAAUGGUUUGAGUCAAAUUGAACACCUACAGGAUAUUCAUGAAAAGGAUAUUGACAUGUUAGUUGACAGUAUUUGAAUGGAGACGACUUCAACGUGAGAUCACUACUUGGAGAAGUGAAGAAGAAAGUGCGAAAAUUGGUAAUGCCAAAACAAGUGUUGCUGCAUUCAAAACAUCUUCGGCAUCUACAGUCAUAUCCUUGCCCAACUCUUUGAGUAAUUUCUUUGGGACACGAGAUGGACAAGGGAACAUAGUCGUCUCUAUUGAAUCCUUAAAGAGAAAGUACAAGGCUCUAUGGUAUGAGAAUCCUGUCAAUUCAACUCAAAUAUUCUCCAACUCAUUUAUUCUACAAAUGGCAGAACAACGGAUGCAAUUUGAGAAGACCCUCCGUAACUGUGAAUUAUGGUGCAGAAAACAAAGGUCAACACGAAGUUCUUUUUUGCUGGCAUUGCCAAAAACACCUGUGAUUUCAACGUGGAAUCAAUACUACAAGUCGCAAAGUAUUGAAAGUGUGAAAUAUUAGAAAGGCAACACCCUGCAGUAGCAUCAUUUUUGGAAAACAGAGUCAGAGAGGAAUCAUCCAAUGUGCCAUCAAAAGCCAUGUAUGAAAAUAUCUGCCAGUAUGUUGCAAAACUUGAAGAGGUCAGCACCUUUUCAACCAAUACCCUACAGAAGUGUGAUACUGAGAUGGCUAAAUGCAGCCCUGCUGGAGUACUCAAAAAAGGUACAGUAGUUUCCACUUUUCAGAAGAGAUGAUAGUAUUUUUAUAGUAGAAAAUAGACCUAUAUUAACACACAAAUUGGAAAGGUUAGCCAUAUAGGUUAAUACAUUUAUACAUUAAUCUCGAAUCAGGACUUGGGGUGGGGAGAAAAAUUUAAAAUUGGCUUCUGAACUUUAAUAGUUGCUUUAUAUGCACUUUAAUAUAGGUUACAAGGAUGAGUUGGAUUUCCUAUCAAAGAAUAUAAGACCUCGACUUAUUGAGAUCGACACAUCCAUCAAAGAAAAGGCACAACAGGCUCGUGAGUGCAUGGAUGCAGCCAGAGAGAACCAUGGGUAUUCAAUUGUGUACAAAAGUGCAAAGUGGAAAAGAAAAAGUGGAAAAUCAAGUAUGUCCGCACGUGCAAGUCAAGCCAAGGAUGGUGAUUAUAAAACAACUACACUGAUUAAUGAAAUCAGUGAUUCAGAUUCAGAAUCAAUGUCAGAGGAGCAAGAUUGA